AUGGCUUGGAAAUUGAAGCUUUUUUUCUCUGAUGAAAAUACUGAUUAUUUGGUGGUUUCAGAUCAGCUGGAUGCUAUUAGGAAUGUGAACUUGGCAAGAAUUUUAUGUGGUAACUCUGAUACCAUUGAUGUCAUCCAACGUUCAUCAUUUGAUCUCCCAGAUCCAUUUUUAAAUCCUCGUGUUCUAUGCACAAAUCUACCAACUUUGAACCUGGAAAAGUGGAAGGAACAGUCUUCUUGUAGUGUAGGAAACACUCAACUUAAUGUUGGUACCAGUGGCAGAGUUUCUCCUUGUAAAUCAUGCUCCUGUAUGACAGAGGGACCAAUCUGUAGUUCCCUAAGAAUCCCCAAUUGUUUCAUGCUAAUAUCAACUUUUCCAUUGGAGUUAAUUCUGCGUGAUGAAGUGUGCACUGUUCAAUGUUCUCAUGCUUUACAUGGCUUUGCAUCUGUCAGUCAUCAAAGUUCUAAACUUGUGAGACCUACCAACUAAAACAGUUGCUCACACCAGCCUUUGAAGGAUGAAUGUACUUUUGUUUUGCUGAUAUUUGACCUGUAAGUAAGUGAUAUAAAUUAAAUUAUAAAAUUAUUGUAUAGAUUUUUUAUUAUGCAAGUUUGGAGGGGUUUUUUGGGAGUGAUAGAAUUUAAAUAUUUCUUCAUUUUCAGGAAUAUAACGAAUGGUGAUGGCUGAUUCAGUGGUUGAGGCUUUUUUUAUGUAUGUUGAUUUACAAUUAAAGUCUUGUUUGUGAUCUAACUGUUAUUUAUCAAAGCAGAUUAUAAUUUAACACCAAAUUUGCAUAUAUGUGGAGAAUGAUAUGAAUAAAUUGAUUGGUUUUCAAGUACAUCAAUAAAUAUGGAAA